ACGAAAUUUAAUUUGAAGAGAACUUGUCAAAAACCCAGAUGCAGAUUCUUCUUCUCAUCAUUUCUAUCCUCUUCCCCUGAAUCUCUGUCUUGUCUUUUUGCCUAAACUCCAUCAGAUAACAUCAAAUAUUCUCAUUCUUGCCUUACCCACAAUUCCUUUUCCCACCUUCCUCCCUUGUUUUGCCAAUUUGAGCUUCAAUCUCUAUAAUUGUCAGCCUUUGAUUCCCAAUUUGCAAAAACCCAUUUUUUUUUCCUUUUCUGGAGGAGCAAACUGAGAAGAAGCCCUUUUGAUUUUCAGAUAAAAAAAACCAUAUUCAAUAAUAAAAACAAGGGUGGAUGGCACUCUAAUGUCAUUUAUCCUAUAUUUGCAUAUAUAAGUUUGCUGAUAAAAUGGCUAUUCUCAUAAGGUAGCACCUGUUUCAUGAUUUGGUCUGAAUCAUUGGCAGAUGGAGAUGGCUACCCAGCAAGAAAAUUCUGGUCACAACAAUGUUUCCGAACAAGGGUCUUGCCUAUAUGAUCUCUUAUGUUCAGAUGCACCCAAUUGGAGAACCCAAAGUGAUCGACGGACAUUAUCCGGUCCACAAGAAAGGCUGGAGAUUUUGCUGCAUCAAUCUGCCAACAAGUCCUGUGCUGAUUGUGGAUCUCCAGAUCCAAAAUGGGUAUCUUUAAAUUUUGGAGUAUUUAUUUGCAUCAAGUGUUCUGGUGUACAUAGAAGCCUUGGAGUGCAUAUUUCAAAGGUUGUUUCAGUGAAGCUAGAUGAAUGGACAAAUGAAGAAGUUGAUGGCCUGGCAAGUAUGGGUGGAAAUGUUACUAUAAACAAGAAGUUUGAAGCUUGCAUGCCAGUACAUGUUCAAAAACCAAAACCAGAUUCUUCUAUAGAGGAGCGCUUCUAUUUUAUUAGGAGAAAAUAUGAGCUGCAAGACUUUUUGAAUACAAGUGAUGAGAUGUCAUGUCCUUUUCCCCCUGCUCAUAAGAGACAUUCUUCGACCAAUUCUUCAAGCAGUAGUUAUAGCCAAGACAAGAAACAAUGUGACAAGCAACCUACCAGACAUCGUAUCGGGCAUGCAUUUCGUAAUAGCUGGGGAAGAAAAGACUCUGAUCAUAGAGCCGCAAAGAAGGGCAACUCAAUGUCAAUGGCAGGUAUGGUUGAAUUUGUUGGAUUAAUUAAAGUGAACGUGGUCAGAGGAACGAACUUAGUUGUCCGGGAUGUGGUCACAAGUGAUCCUUAUGUUAUCCUUGCAUUGGGUCACCAAUCAGUGAAGACACGCGUUAUAAAGAACAACCUGAAUCCAGUGUGGAAUGAAAGCCUGAUGCUGUCAAUUCCUGAACAGAUUCCUCCUCUGAAAGUGCUGGUGUAUGACAAGGAUACAUUCACAACUGAUGAUUAUAUGGGUGAGGCUGAGAUUGACAUUCAACCUCUGGUCACCGCUGCUGUAGCCUUUGAGAAGUCUUCGAUCAAUGAAACGACGCAGCUGGGUAAGUGGAUAGCCAGCAAAGAUAACACCCUGGUAAAAGAUGGUGUCAUCAGCCUAAUAGAUGGGAAAGUAAGACAGCAGAUUGCUCUUAGGCUGCAGAAUGUUGAGAGAGGUAUGUUAGAGAUUGAGCUGGAAUGUGUUCCUCUUACUCAAUAGCCUGCAAAGUUAGCUAUGGUAAUUGAAUACAAGUGACCAUUCUGAUGUCGACAUUGCCACUCGCCUUGUAGAUAUAUAUGUUGUAUCAUAGAAAAUCAUAAUAUUCAUAGUUUUGUGAAAGAAGUGUUGGUUGU